AUGGCAAGGAAGUGGCAGAAGCUGGCUGCUAUCACUCAGAAAAGAAUCACUUCCCCGAUAACCAAAGGAGCAGUUGCUGCAGAUAAUUGCAACCCAUCGACAGUUGAGAAGGGUCACUUUGUAGUGUACUCUGCUGAUGGGAGACGCUUUGUAAUUCCCUUGGCUUAUCUGAACAAGGAAGUAGUCAGAGAGCUCCUACAAAUGGCAGAGGAAGAGUAUGGACUGCCAAGCCAUGGACCUAUCGCAUUGCCUUUCGAUGCAAUAUUUUUUGAAUACGCACUCUCUUUGAUAACAAGGAAUGCAUCCGAGGAGCUGGAGGAGGCGCUGCUGUUGUCCAUCACUAGCGGUCGAUGCCUAUCAUUCCAAAACCACCAACAAGGGCAAAGCAAUCAGCACUUACUAGUCUGCAGUUUCUGA